GGUCCAAUCUGGAAGUGUAUACUUUCAAAUAAAAAUCUAAGUCGGUUAAUUGACUGAGUACUUCUGAGGAGUACUUAUAUGAAUCUUUUUUAUAGAUACGGUCAUUGCCUACGGGUCCAUGGUCAGAAUUUAAGUUUUUUUGACUAAAAAGUAUAUAUCAUAUUGAAUACUUAUUCGUCCAUAUUUAUCUUGUCGCUAAAAAAAAAGUGCACUAGAUUAUUAUUCUGAGAAUAUCACACACAAAUAAAAAAUGGCGGACAAAGACAUUUCUUGUGAUCAUAUUUUAAGACCAAAACUGAUUCUAUCAAUAAAUGAAGAAAUAUCAAAAGUUAUAGGGCAGGAUUACCGCAUUCUACCUAUAUUCGAGAAAGGCCUAUUCGAAUACAACUGUAAGAAGCAUUAUUCUUUGGAGAACAAUGAGUAUUUGAAAUGUCGCUGGAAGGAAUAUAAGAGGAAUAUUGAGAGCCGUGUAUACUCGCCGUUCCAGUUUAUUGAUAUAAGAGACUAUCACUUCUACAAUUGUCGCAACCGUCUUAUACCGUCCCAGUCGCUGCAUACAAAGGUAGUAUUUGUACGCAAGUUGAGGCCUGGUCCAGGAGUGGACGCCAUUGGACAGUUGCCUAUACCUAACGAGCUCCACAUGAAGAGAGGAGUAAAGAAAAUUGCAAAGGAGUCAAAGGGUAGAAAAGAUAAUACCACAACGGAGAAGUAAAUUGUGUGGUGGCGGAUUUCAACAGCUCGAGCAAUACGCGAAAUAUGGUUAAAAUGUACCUUUCCCAAAAAUUUAUAAAGCCAAGAAGGCUAUAGAACUUUAAUAUAGGAUACAGUACUGCGAUUUAAUUGUUGAACGUGCGUACUAUUAAAAACAUAGCAAAGAAUUUUAUUUCUACAAGAUUUAAUUUAUAAUGUAUUUUGUUUAAGUGUUUUUGUAGGAAUAUAGUUUAGAAUUAAACGUUAUUUUAAAAAUAA